AUGGGUUUUUUAGAUGGGGUAGAUUUGAAAACAAAUGUAACAGAAAUCUUAUUACAUCUUGAAUAUGAAGAAUAUAAUUCUAUUUAUAUGACCAUCUUCUAUCAUCAAAAUGUAGCGAUGAGUGAUGUAUUAACUCGAACAAACGCUAACAACGACGAACAAAUAUUUGAUUUGUCUGAUCCGACAUCAUCGUCGUUGAUUUAUUCCGGUCUGAAACUGCAUCCCAAACCUCUUAUUCCAACAAUAUCAAUGCCUGGAAUAGCAACUGAUGCUCAUAUAGACACAAAUAAAUUAUCGUCGACAAAUUGUAAUUCAUUAACAAAUUUACGUCAACAAACUGUACAUUUGACCUCAAAUAAUAAUAUUAAUAGUACAUCGUCCUCUACUUCAACUACACCGCAAAAUUCGUCGUCAAUAAGAUUGGUUUCUCAACAAAAACCAUUAUCAUCGACGUCGACAACAACCAAUUCACAAUCGGUACAGCUUCAAAUAUUUAAUAAACCAAUAUCAAAUAUUGUUGCAAUGGCACCUAUUAUUCAGACAACACCACAGCAGCAACAACAUUCUAAUUUCAAUCAGAGUAAUAAAGUUAUAAAUGGAACAAAUUCUUCAAAUGCUCCAUCACCAUCAUCCUAUUCUCAAUUUUCAAAAGCGUUUAUUUUAAAUCAACCACAGUCAACAAUGAUGGCACAAACAUCUUCAUACAUGCCAAAAGUUCAUCAGCAAACUUUACAAUCCACACCUAAUUCCUCAUCUCCACCACAAACAACGAUGGCAAUUAAACACAGUAAUAUAAUAACACCAUUAAACAAUUCAAUAUUAAUACCACAACAGUCUUCUCCGUCUUUACUGACGCUUGUUACACCAAGUUCAUUUUCAUCUGUAUCGUCUUCAUCCACAAAUACAACGGUGUCGACAUUAAAUUCUCUAUCAAAUCAAGUUACAACUGUGACGCCAAAAAUUCAAACUUUAAACAGUACAUUUGUGAAUGAUUCAAAUGGACAAACUCAACAAUCAAUUUAUUUGCAAUCCACACAUAAUGCCCAAUUUUCCGAUUUAAAUUCAAAGUCGCCAUCGAAUGCUUUGCAAAUUACUGUAAGAACCGCGACUCCUCAAUUACAAAAUACGGCUGCAGCUGUGAUGAAUAAUGAUAACCAUCAUCAGCAACAACAACAGCAGCAGCAGCAAAGUCAACAAGUAUUUAGUUUAGCAACAAAAAAUAAACUGACUGUUGUUCAACCCUAUAUUCCAACAGUGACAACGACUUUUACCACUAGUAAUCCAAAAAAUAUUAUUACACAAUCGUCAACAACAACACCAAAACUUGUUAUUCAGCAAGGAAGUACAAUUUGGCCGCAACAUGCGCAAAAUAAUCUUCUAAAUUGUACAACUGUUCCAAAAAUUUAUUCCAUACCACAUCCGUCCGUUGUGCAAGCUAAAGUGUUAUCAAGACCAGUACAAUUAUUUCAAGCCGAUCAUACCAACAAAACAUCAGAUGUCUGCUUUCUACAGUCUGCACGAACAGGAGACAUAAAAAAUGAGAAAAAUGAUAAUGGAAUGUCAACGUCAUUUCAGAUUGCUGGUGUACAGCUAGGAGGAUCUCCUACUGGAAACAAUUUCACACCACUCAAUGUACAAGUUCCACAUUUCUCUAAAGCUCAAGAUUCUGGUCCAACUUAUAUUCAGUUUUCCUUGCUCCCAUCGCCAUCAAAUGAAGUUACACAUCAAACCUUCACAGCAACAAAUCAUUUUUCCAUACCGCAAUCUUUCAACAAUACUCAACAUCGGCCGUCCUCUUUCACUCAAAACAUAAACACGAACGGAUUGUCGUGUGUAGAUCAACAACAAGUGACAUUACUGCAAAAUUUUAAUAAUACUGUUUCGGGUACAACAUCUGCAUCCUUUCUGUCCGGUUCACCAUCCAUUUUAUCGACAAAUACAAAUCAAAUAUUGAUUGAUAAUACAACAGCUCAUUCAAAGCGACAUCAUUCAGUGGACAAUAGUUCAAUAACAACACCAGUUGUCAGAGAAGUUCAGUUGGAAGAAAAAACAAAUGAAUCAGUUAUAAAAACGUCCGUCUCCUCAGCUAGAACUCAAUUGAAACCAGCCGUUCAUAAAACAUCAACAACUUCACCAACAUCUAGUGGCCAAGCACUCAGCAAAGGGCGUCCGCGUCUCCCGUUACAACCGUCAACUCAACAAGUAUCAGCCUCACUACCAUUGUCAGCGCUGUCAACUGCAGCUAGUUCUCUUGGAGUUUCUACUAAUACAGCACCCGAAACAACACUAUCGAAUCGAACAAUACCAAGAAAACAUAAAUUAAUAGACGAUGAUUCAUCAUCCGGUCAAUCAGCUGCCAAAAUUGCUCAUACUGAUUAUCGAGAACAUUAUGAUUCUUCUUCUCAAACGUCCACAAUAUCUGUAAUGAAAAAGGCAAGAAAACAACGUUGUCGUACAAAAUGGUCUUUAGAGAAUUCCACUCCAUCGUCACUAUUACAGCAACAUCAACAAGAAUCACCUGAAUUAUCAUCAGUCAGUUCUUCGCAUCCAACAGGAACCACGUCGAUUGGCAUAAACUGUUCUUUAACAUCUGUAGUUGAUACAGACGCAGGAGUCAAACGGUCAAUAAAAAAGAAGCAGAAUACAACGGAAUCAUCUAUGCCAAAAACCAUCGAUAAAUCAGCAGGAAUUAAUGGACGAAAAGCCUCUAGGCGACAAAUGAUAACUGAUACUCCAACACCACUUGUUCAAAUGACUGUAAAAAAGAAACGAGGUUUACAAAAAACUUCUUCGGUUAAUGAUAAAACUCAGUCUUUUGUGACAAAAGUAAAACAAGAACCUUUGACUAUUGAAGAACACCAAGUGCAUUCUCCAACUACAUCCAAACAAAAAUCAGUAGAUGAAAUUGAUGAUGAUCUUUUGAACUGUUUGUCAAAAGAUUUUGUUUAUUUUGAUCAAAAAACUGGCAUUAGAUGGGUGGGCAAAAAACUUCGACCACGUACAAACAUCAUUACGUCUCGAGUAUCAUGGAAAUCAAAUCCAAAAUAUAAUCACUUUGAAAAGAAUAUUGAUGUGACUAGAACAAAUGCAAAACGGGCUGUUUCAAUGAAAAAUUUACAAGCCGUAUCAAAAAAACUUGACAGUCCAGAUGCUUAUUGGCGUGUACAUUGUCUAACAAAUUAUUUGACAAAUUUGACCUACGAUGAACAAGAAACAAAAAAUGAAUUGUCAGAUAUUGCCUUAUCAUUAAAUACAUUAAAUAUAACUGAUAAAACAAUUCAAAAUAAAAUUGAAGAUCUUCUUGAAGCCAAUAUUCAGCGGCAUCGUUGUUUUUGUGAUCAACUUGGCGAAACAAAAUCCGUACUAUUAGGCAUGCUGGAACAUUCAAAAUUUGUUCGUGAUAUGUUGAAUAAAAUCAUGAGUGAAAAUAUACACGAAUCAUCUAAUACAGAUAGUAUCACUAUAACCGAUGGAAUUCCUCAAAAUCCAAACGAAGAACGAUAUCUGGUAUUAGUGGAAAAGUUUAAACAACUCUAUGGUCAACAAGCAUCUUACAUAUGUCGUGCACCUGGCAGAGUCAAUCUAAUAGGUGAACAUAUUGAUUAUUGUGGUUAUUCUGUUUUCCCAAUGGCGAUUGAUCAAGAUAUUGUUGCCAUAUUUUCUGUUAAUGAUAAAAACAAUGAAAUAAACUUACAAAAUUCCGAUAAAUUAUAUAAUCAAUCAACAUUUAAUGUUGAACAAUUUGAUAUUAAAAAACAAUCUCCAUUAUGGGAUGAUUAUUUCAAAUGUGGCGUCCAAGGAAUUCGUGAUAAAUAUCCAAAUACAAAAUUGAAAGGAAUAAAUGUCUUAAUUGAUGGAACAAUACCUAAAAGUGCUGGAUUAUCGAGUUCAAGUGCUUUAGUCGUUUGUGCUGCUCUAACUACGGCAGUUGCUAAUAAUAUUACAAUUGGAAAGAACUAUUUGGCAGAAUUAUGCGCAGAAUCUGAAAAAUAUAUUGGUACACAGGGUGGAGGAAUGGAUCAAGCCGCUUCGUGUCUAGCUCGAACAGGUUCGGCUAUGAUGAUUAGUUUCAAUCCACUAAAAGCUGUUCAAGUCACUCUACCAGUGGGAUGUGCAUUUGUUGUUACUCAUUCAUUAACCGAAUUAAACAAAGCUGCUACAGCUCAUUUUAAUACAAGAGUAGCAGAAUGUCGGCUUGGUACACAGCUUUUAGCUAAAUUUCGUGGUUUAGAUUGGAGAACAAUACGAAAACCGUUUGAGUUACAAGAAGCAUUAAAAUUAUCUUUAUCAGAUAUGGAACAUUUUACCGUGCAGACACUUCAUUUAGAACCUUAUACUAUCGAUGAAAUAUGUGGAUUGUUAGAUAUUUCUAAACAAGAUUUAAUUGAAUUGAGUCUUGGUCCAAAUACAAAGCAUGUUCAACAAUUCGAAUUACAUAAACGUCUUCAUCAUGUUUUCUCUGAGGCAAAUCGUGUUUUAUUAUUUAAACAAGUAUGUGAUUCUACGGUACAUGAUGAACAAUCACAGAAUACAUUAGGAGAAUUGAUGAAUCAAAGUCAUUAUAGUUGUAGCAAAUUUUAUGAAUGUAGUAGUAACGAACUUGAUGAAUUAACAACAAUAUGCAGAGAAAGUGGGGCGUUGGGAUCAAGAUUAACGGGAGCAGGAUGGGGUGGAUGUGCUGUUUCAUUAGUACGACAAGAUAAACUAGCCACGUUCAUCAAAACGGUAAAAGAAAAGUUUUAUCUUGAUAAUACAGCACGUAGUGCCAAAGCAGAACAGAGUGUAUUUGCCACAUUACCUGGUUGUGGUGUUUAUGUUGCUAAAUUAUGA